AUGUCCCGCACCACGCGCACGGUCGCCCCCUCGCCGACACCCAACGAGGUCGUCAUCAGCCUCUCCACCCUCCUCACCGUCUCAGACUACCGCGCCUUCUACCCACACACCCCCAUCACCUCCUUCCGCCCCGUCUACUUCGCCCUUGACGAUGGCUCCCUCGUCGCACCCCCCUUCAUACACGACCUCCAGUCCUCCAGCAUCUCCCUCCUCUUCAUCGGCUGUCUCUUCACCAUCUUCCUCCGCAACAUCCUCACCUCUCUCUCCUUCAUCACAGGCGGAAACGUAAAGAAGAAAGCCCUCCUCUAUACUCUCGUCGCCAGUCAGCUCCUCGCCCUUCCUUCCUUCAUUCCCAGGAUAGUCGCCCAGUUCGAUAGAUCCCCCCAGUUGCGGCUCUGGCAGUCCCCUCCCUCCUUCUCUCUCUCUCUAUCCUCACCCUCCCAACCACAGAAUCGUUCGCAUCGCUUCGGCCUCGGCGGGCAUCUCCCCUCUCCCUCCUCGGCAAUGACUGCCAUUCUAGGCGUAAAGGCCUACAAGUGUCUAGACAACGCCCGUUUCGUCCUCCUCGUCCUCAUCCUCAUCAGAACGGCAGCUACUGCACUACUCAUCACAGAUACCGUCACAAUGCGCACUUAUCGAACUCUAUCAGGGCAAUGCGCUCGACAAUCAGAUGGCUACACCCCGGUCUUUGUCAUUCUCCUCUUCGUAGAAUCUCUUUUCAUUUGUUGCUGCUUCCUAUAUGCCGUCUGGAAAUCUCGCGGCUCAUCCGCAGUCAGAGGACGCAUCUCACUCCAACUAUCUCUCCAUGAAAUCAUGGACCGUCCACAGGACAUCAUCCCCACCAAAGAAACCGUCGAACAUGAUCUGGCCAGUAUCCAAAAAUCACGCUCCCACUACACCUUCAUGUCCGAGCCCCCCUCUCGAUCGCUAUCCCUCGCCCGCACAGAGACACGCACAAAAUCCUUCAUAUCCGAUGCCCGCAGCGUCCUCUCCACCGCUCGCACCAACCUGUCCCGAUCGCGCAGCUGCAACACGAUAACGAACGAGGAGACCCUUCCCCUCCCCACUUCAGCGACCAGAAAGCUCGCUCCCCCCGAACAAGCCCCCAACCCCCAACGUCGACCGUCUACGAUCAGGAUAUCAGAGGCCAUGGAGCGGCGCUCCAUGCACCGGCAGGUCCGUCCCACCCCACAGCGCCCUUCUUCUACCUUCAGUCGUCUCAGCCGAUACAUGCCCCGUAUGGCGCUGUUCCGCGAAGUCAUGCGAGACGAGCUCUGUUACACCACGUUCAUCACAUCCACCACCGUCGCAUCCGUCAUCCUCAACGUCGUCGGCGUCAACUGCGAAAACACCCUCAGCUCUCUUUCAUGGAUGACACUAACCUGGGGCAUCAUCUCGCUCUUGGUGAUGCACAGUUUCGGCCGCGUGGUUCGCCGACACGAGCUCGAAGACGUACUGCAGAACCCUUCAGCGUGGUAUCCCGUCCUCACCGACCGCCGAACCGCCGAGUUUCUCGGCCACCCGAGACCCCACCUCCUCCGCUCCUCCUCCGUCUCCUUCGCGCCGCACACCAGAGCCCGCCGCGCCCUCCCCGCGCGCUACGACACCCUCACCGACUCUCUGUCCCAGCCGUCGCAGCCGCCCAACUUUCACCUGAGCAGGAAAUCAUGGUCAUCCAAGGGAGGCGAAGACGCGCUCUCCGUCGUCGAAUCCAUCUCCUCCCUCUCCGCAUCGUCCUCGUCGUCCGCGGACACGGACGCGCGCUCCCCCCUCGACUCCCUCGACUCGUUCGACUCGUACCUCCGGCCGCCUCCCCUCAACCAGCCCGUCAUCCUGCCCUCGCCCGCCUUGGACCACUUCCCGACGUCGGGCCGCAACUCGCCUGCGCACGGCGAUGGCGGGGGCGGGGGCGGCGAUGAUGACGAGGCGGGAGGGGGAGGGGGAGGGGGAAGGUGGGUCCCGGGUGAGUUGGAUCUGGGGAGGUAUUGGUGUGAGGGCGGAGAGGUGUUUGAGGUUUUUGGGCCGGUGAGGUCGGAUACGUAG